CGGUUGCCCGCGCGCGGCGAUGGCGGCAUCCGGGGAGCCGGCUCCAUGCUCUGUGUACUUCUGCGGGAGCAUCCGCGGCGGGCGCGAGGACCAAGCACUGUACGCGCGGAUCGUUUCGCGGCUGCGGCGCUAUGGGAAGGUGUUCACUGAGCACGUGGCUGAUGCGGAGUUGGAGCCGCGUGGGGAAGAGGCUGCUGGGGGCGACCAGUUCAUCCAUGAGCGGGACCUGGCCUGGCUACGGCAGGCCGAUGUGGUCGUGGCCGAAGUGACACAACCAUCCCUGGGUGUUGGCUACGAAUUGGGCCGGGCAGUAGCUCUUGGUAAGCCAAUUCUAUGCCUGUUCCGACCACAGUCUGGCCGAGGGAGCAGAGUGGGGAGCAUGGAAGGAAGUCAGUUUCAUGUCCCCCCCCCCCCAGUGCUUUCCGCUAUGAUCCGGGGAGCGGCCGAUGGCUCAAGGUUCCAGGUGUGGGACUACGCAGAGGAAGAGGUGGAGGCCAUGCUCCAUCGGUACUUUGAGGCUUAUCUUCCUCGGGGGAUGGCUUCCUCCGGGAACCCAAGUGCCUGACUUAACCCUACUGUAUUAAAAGGAAAUUAAUUUAUUUUUGACACAUUUAACUGCAUGUGUGUGUGUAGCCACAUUCAUACCUUGUGCCCAGAGGUCAGAAGAGGGCACCACACCCUCUGCCGCUGGAGGUAGAGAUGACUGUGGGCCUCCGUGUGGGUGCUGGGGACGGAACCCACAACACGUGCUCGGAGCUGCUGAGCCUUCUCUUUGGCCCUGGCCCAGCUUUAUUCAGUGCUGACCCCUGAUGAUUCUCUGGACUCGUUCCGGCUUCUGCCUCAGUAGUAAGAAAAGGUUCCUUUAGCUGGGUAUGGUGAUAAUAAUGGACUGAACCUCUGAACCUGU